GUAUACUAUUCACAAAAAUUUAUUUUUUUCGACUAACGUGUAUUAACAUUGUGAUCGUAUUUUAUAUAGUUCUAUAUUCUUUAAUAAAUAUAUGUGGCAUCAGUAAAACUUCGAGGAUUUCUUUCAUAAAAGAAGAAAAAUAAAUGAUGUCUUCACGGUCAUUAUGGAUGGGUGAUCUGGAACCAUACAUGGAUGAGACGUUCGUAACCUAUGUAUUUCAAAGCAUUAGCUCACAAGUUAUCUCUGUGAAGACUAUUAAAAGACGUGACAAUGGACUUCCUGCCGGUUACUGUUUCAUUGAAUUCAGGACAGAGGAAGAGGCAGAAAGAGUUUUAAAAGCAGUGAAUGGCAAAGAAAUACCUGGAACAACCCCAACAAGAAGAUUCAGAUUGAACAGAGCACAAGGUGGAAAGAACUGGGACAUUGGUCCAUCAUUUUCCAUAUUUGUUGGUGAUUUGGACACUGUAGUAACAGAUGACAGACUGGAAGAUUUUUUUCUUAAAAAAUACAGAAGCGUAAAAGGCGGAAAAGUUAUGUAUGAUGAAAGCGGAGAUUCAAGGGGUUAUGGUUUCGUCAGAUUCGGUGAUGAAGCUGAACAGAAGAGAGCAUUGUUAGAAAUGCAAGGUGCAGUAGGCCUUGGUACCAGAGCUAUUAAAGUCAGUCAUGCAACUCCGAAAAACAAAACAACAGAUCAAACGAGCACAACACAAUCAUAUUCAACUUCUAGUCAAUGGUGGCAGCAAUACCAAGAUUAUAACCAAUAUUACCAACAAUACUAUAAUUAUUAUAACUACCAACAGCAGCAGCAGCAACAACAACAGCAGCAACAACAAAAUUAUUACACAACAGCGCAACAGUCUCAACAAUACUCAGCACAAACUGCCACAUCUCCUGCAUAUCAAAAUAAAAGAUCUGAUAAAUUCGAAGAUCCUGGAGGAUCGAUCAACAUUGCAGUCGAAAAUGCAAUUUAUAUGGCUGAACAUUCAGGAUUUAUUGAUGAUUUUGUGGAUUGUCAUUGGCAACCUCUAGACACAAUCACAUCAAAGAUACCAGAAUUGACUACAACGUGACAUACUCUGCAAAGUCUGAGCAACUUUGCAUGCACUGUUAUGUCCUGAUAUAGUGACUUUGGUUAUGAGCCAAUGACAGAGAAUCAUUAAAAUAUCUGUUUUAAGCUUUGGUUCAGGAGGGAUAGUUGAUUUGAUUUAGUUCACAAAGUUUGUGCAUUGCACUUUUAUGAUAGUGCUUAUUUGAUUUAUUGGUAAGGCGAUUCAAAAUACAUCUUGAUGGGUUUAAAA